CCUUGAUCAUCAAAUCUGCCAAUCGACGCAUGCGCAGACGCGAUCAUUGCAAGGUUUCCUAGUCGAUUACCGAGUUAAUCCCUAUUGCCUCUCACCGGACAUCAUUCGUCACAAUGGCAGAUAAACAAAGUGCCCAGAAAAGUGUCAAAAUAGCCGCCGGAGCCGUAGUUUGUGUGGAAAGUGAAAUCAGAGGAGAUGUGACCAUCGGCCCCAGAACAGUGGUGCACCCAAAAGCUCGUAUUAUUGCAGAGGCAGGACCCAUAGUGAUCGGAGAAGGCAAUUUGAUUGAAGAGCAAGCUCUGAUUAUCAAUAGUUACCCAGAAAACAUCACACCAGAGUCGGAGGUGGAACCAAAGACAAUGACCAUCGGCAUCAACAAUGUAUUUGAAGUCGGCUGUGUAUCACAAGCUCUGAAGAUCGGGGACAACAAUGUGAUAGAAUCUAAAGCUGACGUCGGUAGGAAUGUGAUCCUCACCAGUGGCUGCAUCAUCGGAGCUUUCUGUCAGGUCAACACGUGUGAGGUCAUACCUGAGAACACGGUCAUCUAUGGCUCCGGGUGUAUGAGACGGGUUCAGACAGAGAGACCACAGCCCCAGACUCUUCAGCUCGACUUCCUGAUGAAGAUUUUGCCUAACUACCAUCAUCUAAAGAAAACUGUCAAAGCAGGCCACACUACCAGCUAAAAGUUGCUCUCUAGUUUUCAAGUUUUAUUAUAAAUGGCUGAUAAAGCCCUAUCAGGAUUAGCGCUUACUAGAAGGAAGCAUGAAUGUAUAUAAUCAUAUAUAAUAAGCAGCUGGCUUCAUCAGUAAGUAUUUUCACUUGCCGAUUAAUAUUUUCUACUCUGACUGCAACAGAUUUAAGCAUUUCAUCUUUAUUUUGCUGUGCUGAUAUGCUUUUAUAUAAUAAAUUAGAUAACCUCAAAUCAAAGAAGUGUGUAUUAUACAUUUGUUUAUCAUCAGUUAAUUUAUAAUAUUUUAGUUACAGUAAGAGUAACCAUAGAUAUAUCCACAUUUUGAAAAGUGACAAUACCUUAUUAUAUCAAAUGAUGAUUAAGAAAUACCAUAUCAUAAUCAACAACUGAAUACUCAAUGUUGGAAACUAAAAUGCCAAUUCAGUCAGAAGUGUUACCACUACAGUGUAUAAAUAUAUGUCAAGCAACCAUC